AUGGCUUUACACCCUCAAGCAAACAAACCUCCACCUCUUCAGGUCGAUGCAAGAAAAACAAUGCCCAGUUCAGCUGAAUAUAAGCGCCUGCCAAAAACCCCAGGGAAUAAAAUCACUUCUUUUUUCGGCUGGAAAUCAUCGUCUUCUCCUGGCGCGGAAUCGAGCAGCACCGACAUCUCGGACUCUGGCCCUUCAAACCUUCCAUCCCCGAUCAAUGGCUCGAUCCUCCCUGCUUCCUUCUCGUCACGAUAUCCUUCUCAAGACUCGUACGGUGCUCCUGCCCCUCGAACGCUCGAACGAUCGAUUUCCAUUGCCGAGCAGGAAAUGAGCGCGAAGGUGAAAGAGAUGGAAUAUGAGCUCCGUGGGAUCAGUUCAGAGUUGGCUGGCUCCAUCAAGCGUGAAAUGGAAUUGGAAGAUUUGGUGGAGCGGUUACAGCUGGAAGCUACCGUGGGGCCGGAACCAAACCGACGCACUAGCGAUUACUUCUCUGACUCGGGAACAAGCUCUGUGAAGUAUCCGUCUAGUGACGCGGGCGGAAACAGAGCGGAGGAGGUCGAGAGAAUGAAGCGAACCUUGGAACAGGAACGUGCGCAGUUGAAGGUUGAGUUAUCCCAAAGGUGGCAGGAGGAGCGAUCUCGCCGGGUCGCCUUUGAGUCUCAUGUGCGGAUACUGGAGGCACAAGUAGAGCAGCUGCGUCGUGAGAGAGUGGAUGCCUCAAAUAUAAGCUCGAAAACAAAAGAAUUAGAGACCGCAUUAGAAGAUACCCGGCGGCGUUUGACGGAAGAACGACAACUGAAGGACAACUUCGAAGACCUAUUAACGGCUAUGAGAGUCGAGCUGGAGCAGCUUCGAAAUGAACGUGACCAACUCCGAGACGAAACUGUUCCGCAGCUUCAAACCAAAUUACAGCAUGAUUUACAAGGAUUGCGCAACGACAAUAUCACGUUGAGUCAAGCGAGGAAAAUACAGUUAGAUAUGCAACAACAACAACAAGCUCGUAUAAACUCCAUUGCCGAAGAGGAUGUAGUGUCGAUGGGCAGAGGUGGUCUGUCGAGAUCAAAUUCGCUGGCGCGAGGGCCAGCGAGACCAAGCGGUCUAGGGGGCUCGGGAUCUGUCUCAAAACCGGGCUCUCGACCGGCUUCGAUUAUUGGCAAGGAGCGUGAAUUUAAAGAAUCAUUAGUCGAUCGGAUGAAGGACGUAGAAAUGCAACGUGAUGCCCUCCAUCGAACUGUUAAGAGCCUCCUCGAGCAUCAGAACUUGCAAGCUCGGGAAAACGCGAAGCGGAUCCGCAUGCUGGAGAUUGAGCUCGACCGUGCCCGACAAUCAAGUUCUCCACGAAAACUAGGCUAUGAACGGGAUGUUAAAAAUUUACGAGAGGAAAUUAACCUUCUCAGACGCCGCACCGACGAGCUGUUGGAGCAAAAAUGGCAAUGCGAGAAAGGAUUGGCUGGUUUGAAAAUGGACUUGGACCGUGCGGAGCAGGAGACUGGUUCCCUCCGUGCACUCCUGCAGGAACAUGAUAUCCUAGUCCCAGCUGCAGCUAAAACUGACUUGGCAGAUUUUAAUGCAUCCAGCUCCUCGCUUGAAUACGCCUUCACGCAGCUUCAAGCUGACAGCGCUUAUGUCCAAGACCCCAACAACGCUCUCGGGCUGCAAGUUCGCCAGCAAUUAGCCGCAAACAAUUCGCUGAAACAUCGCCUUUCAGAGGCAAUUGGCAAGGGCGAACGAGAACAAAACGACUCAGCUACCAGAAUCAACGAAUUACAAACUCGCCUCAAGUUCCUCGAAGAUGCCCUAAUGGCCGCACAGCAGAUAUCCGAAGAGGAAAUUGCCAAGCACGAGCGCGAAAUCCAGGUGCUGAAAGAAAACCACAACGCCCAGCUCAUGCGGGCGAAGAAUGGCAGCAGAAGCCCUGCUAUGCUUUCCCCGAGAAUGCCUAACUCACCUUUCUCCGAAUCCCGGUCUCCGCGGCUUGGUCUAACGACAAGUGGAGAAGGAAUCUCCCUCAGUCAGGCUACCAAGAUGGAAGCUGUCGAAGCCCGUGUCCAGGAGCUUGAGAAGGCCCUGCGCGAAGCAGAUCGGGAGAUGGAGACUGUUGUUGGUCGUAUGAAUAUGGCACAGAUUGAGGUUGCUGAGCUGCAAUCUGAUAGAGACGAAGCAAUCCGCCAGACCCGCAAGCUGCAGGCACAAAUCCAAGCUGAGCGUGAAAAAUACCAGAAUGGAUCUUCUCAGUAA